AAUGGAUCAAACAGACCAAGUUUGUAUAAUUUUUGUAUAAAAAUUAUAUUAUUUGUGAAUACAACAUUGAAUAAUAGACGUUAUUAAUUAAUUAUAAUUAAAUUCGUAUAAGUGAAAUUUUUUUUUUUUUUUUACUUUUUGUCAUAUUGAUUUUGGCGAUUUACAAAAGGAAGAACGAUUUAAGAAUUUAGCGAAAAGUUUGAAAAUAAAACGUUUGACAGCAAAUGAAAAUAUACAAAAAAUUCCAUGGUCAAGUUGUUCUAGUAUAAACGAAAAUUCAUCAGAUUUAAAUUACACAUCAUCGCAUGUAUCAAAAGUUGAUAGUGAAAUUUUGACAUCAUCGCGAAAUUUGAAAAAACUUAUUUACAAACAAACAAAAAAUUAUUCACCAAUGGCAACGUCAAGUGUAAAACAAUUUUCUGAGAAAAAUACAAAUGACAAGGCAAUUAUGCCACCACCUAGUUCUUAUGGGAUUCGAACACCUCAUAAAAAAUCUGAUUCUCAACAAGAACGAGUUAAAUUUCAUCGACAAUCAACUAACGACAAUAAUAAUUUUUUACAAGAAAAACAAAUUCACUCAAAUAUUAAUGCAAGUAAAGAUUUUUCUGAAGAUUUCGCCUAUCCUACUGAUGUGCAAAAAGAGAAAACUGUCGAUCGACAUUUUCAUCGUUGGAGAGUCUUUCUCAAUGAUCGUGGAGAAUUAUUAAUUAAAGGAUCACUCAAUAAUGAAGUUUGGGCCAGGAGUAAACCAGUUGCAGAAAUGUUGUCACCAACAAAAGUUAAAUCAAAAUUUCAACACACUUAUCAUCUUCAUGGAAGUAUUAUCGAUGAAAAGAAUGAAAUACCAAAAUAUAUUUAUCAAAAAUUCUAUAAUGGUUUUCCUGACGAUUGGCGUAAUGUUCAUGCAAUAUGGAAAAAUUACAUUGCUCAUGGAAGCAAUGAAAAUUUUCGCUGGCCAAUGGACGUUAAUUAUAGUGACGAUGAUCUCAAUAGUGAAAUAACCGAUAUUACACAAAUGCAAAAAGAUAAAAAAUUUCAAGAAUUAAGUUCCAUGGAAAAAUCAACACCACAACGAUCAUCUGGUUAUAGUUCUGAUUUUCAACAUGAGAAAGAUACAAAAAUUAUUAAUAAUGAUAUAAAAAUAAAAAAAAUUCAAUCAAUUCAAAUAAAUAAUGAUGAAAAUUCUCAACAAUUUAAUGAAAAAGAAAAUAAAAGUUUACAUGAAAGUCGAAAUCAAUUUGAUAUCAGUGCCGAUCGUUCAUAUUCUGGUAAUUUGUACACGGCAUUAAAUUAUGCAUUAACAUUAAAAGAUAUUAUUUUCGGGGAUAAACUUACAAUCAUUACACAAAAUUUAUUACAUGAAAAAUGUCCUAAAGAAUAUGUUCAACGUGUUAGUAAAACAAUUGAUUAUUUAAAUAAUAUUCUUUCUGUGAAAAUUGGUGAAUUAGAUGAAAUUGAAUUAAAAAAAUUAAUUAAUCAACCAUUAGAGGGGAAAUGUUCAACAUCAUUUUCUUUAUCAACAAUCAAUGCUGUCGAGAGUAAUGAAAAAAAUAAUUCUAACGAAAUUAAUAAAAAAUUAAUGAGACAAAUUAUAACCGAUAAAAUUGAACAAAGAAAUAGUGAAAAUGAAAUUAAUGAUAAUUUAAUAAAUAAAAAUGACAAUGAGAAAUCGAUAAAUUUGAAAAUUGAUAAAACUUGCGAAGCAAAAGAAACAGAUUCAGAAAGUGAAAUAUAUGCCGGUGUGCCUAAAAUAUCAGAGAAAAUAUUAAAAUCAAAAAUUUAUCACAAACGAUACAGUAGACAUGAUUCCAAUGGAAAAAUUAGAACACGAAAUAAAAGUCAAGAGCUUAAAAAAGAUUUAAUCAAUGAUUCAAGUGUCAGUAUAAUUGAUGAUGAAAUUUAUAAAAUUCCAUCAGAUAAUGAACGAAUAUUACGAAUAGAUUCACAAAAUUCGAAAUUAAAGGAACCUACAACAAAAAAAGAUGAUUUUAUAAACGAAAAAAAAAUAAAUCUACUCAGGGAAAAUCGAUGUAUUAACGAUGAUAAUAAAAUUUCCGUCUCCUCUAAAUUGCCAACAAUGCAAAAUAAUGAAAAUAGAAAAUUAACAAUUAUCAAUAAGGAAAAUAUUAAUGACAAUAAUGAAUUCAAAAAUAGUUUUCAACGAAAGGAAAUUAAUGUUGUACAACAAAAUUUGCCAGUAAACGAUUUAAAUAAAGAACAAUUACAACAAAAGCCAAGAAUUAUUAAUACAGAAAAGGGAAAUUUCUAUAAUUUUAAGAAUCAAUUUUCAAACAGUGAACAAAAAAUAGAACAAUCUAGUAAAACAACGAAUUCGAAAAUAGAUCAAAAUUUAGAGGAGAAAAUUGAGGAAAAUUCAAAUCAAGUUUCAUUUGGUUCACAGGAGAAUCCAAAACUCUUAAAAAAUUGGAAUCCACUUGUUACAAUUGUUGGGAAAAAAUGUCAUUUCACCUUCGAGGGAACUUUAUUGAACACGGUUGGCCAACUAAUGAAAAAGAAAUUCACCACAAGUCAAGUUAUAAAAAGAAUUUCUCCUUUUGUCAUUGAGACUGCAGAUCAUCAAUUUUAUAAAUUAGUCGGAGAGAUAAAUAAUAAAAAACAUGUUGUUCCUAAAGAACUUUUGCCUCAAUGCAGGACAGGUUGUCCAGUAAAUAUUGAUCAUUUUUGUGCAACUUGGUUGAAAUUAAAAGGAGAAAAUAAUGUAAUCGUUGAACGUACACAAAAAUCUAACGAAGAUCAAAACUAUGUUACAGUCACUUCUCGUGGAAGAAGUAUUCUGCCUCCUCUUCAAUUUUGGACUGAAGAUGAACGAGUUGUAUCGAAAGAUGGAGAUUCUGUUUAUAAGUCAGGCGAUCCUAAGGAAAAAUUUGUGGCUUCAAUGGUUGGUAGUCCCAGUAAAUGUCGAAAAUCACCAGAACAAGUUGUAACUACUAAUGAAACAGUGAAAGGAGUUUUAAAUUCAGCAGAUGGACGACACGUUCAAAAUAAAGUCGCUCAGAAAUUAAAAUUUGAAUCAAGCGAAAGCGAAGAAGAUGAAACGAGAUCUAUUAAUACUCAAAGAUCUCAUUUGUAUACAUUAAGGAAACGACAAAGAAUUUCCUAUGAUGAUGAUGAUGAUGAUGACGAUGAUGUUAAUAAAAAUUUCCCUGAGAAAAUUAAAAAAAGAACAGAAAACCCAAAACAAUUGCAAAAAGUGAGAAAUACCGUUCCUAGGAUUCAUUUCACUCAUAAAACAAAUACUCAAGAUGGAAAUAUGACAUUAUCAGAUGAUCAGAUGUCGGUUAUUUGAAAAUUAAGAAAUAUUUUGAUUAAAUAAAUUCGUGUUCUCAAAGUGA